AUGAAUGAGGCUAGCAGAUUUUUGAAGGAAUUUCACAUAGCAUGUGCCGGGAUGAAACCGGCUAGUGUCACCCUCGACCAACUCAAGUUAAAGGCAUUUCCUUUUGCCUUGUCUAGUGCUGCUAAGGAGUGGUUAUUUGAAGUACCUGCUGGAACCAUCACAACAUGGGAUCAAAUGCUAAAAGUAUUCGCAGAAAGACAUUUUCCAGCAUCUUUGAUAGCCAAUAUCAGGAAAGAAAUAUGUGGAAUUCGACAGGAUGAUGCAGAGACACUUCAUGAGUACUGGGAGCGUUUCAAGAAAUUAUGUGAUAGUUGUCCAAACCAUCAGAUCAGUGAGCAAUUAUUAGUACAGUACUUUUACGAAGGACUCAGGGAGACAGACAAGAAUUUAGUUGAUGCAGCAAGUGGUGGAGAACUGGUUGACAAAACACCCGCAGAGGCAAAGAAACUGAUUGCAAACAUGGCUGCAAACUCUCAGUAUCAAGGAGGUCGAAAUAUCAAAUCCACUUCUGUACGUCAGGUUAAUGAAGUAAUGAGUUCUAACCUCGAGCAACAAGUAGCUAAACUCACUUCCUUAGUGGAGCGACAACAACAAGCUUCUAAUCCUCCACGUGGUUUUCAUCAGCAACCACAAUAUCAGCCGCGACCUCAAAAUCAGCAAGUUUCCGAGCCACAAUCUGGUAGCAUGUCUCUGGAAGAUAUUGUGAAGGCAAUGGCUAACAAGGCUUUGCAUUUUCAGCAAGAGACAAGAAGUGGUCUAAAGAACUUGGAGAACCAAGUUUCUCAGUUAGCUAACACAGUGGGAAAGCUCCAAGCUCAGAAUUCUAACAAGCUUCCGAGUCAACCAGAGAAAAAUCCAAAGGAGAACGCGAGUGCAAUCUCCCUUAGGAGUGGCAAGCAAUUAGAGGUUCCAGCGAAAAAGACUAAAGGGCUGGCAGAACACCAAGAGGCACAGGAGACUAUUGUUCCAGAGCAAGAUAAGCAACCCACUAAGGUAAGUGAUGUUGUUCUCCUAAUACUAAUCAGUUUUUCUUCUUCUGUUCCAUUUCCUAGCAGGUUAUCAUCUAAGAAUAAGAAGAAAGAGCAUGAAAUGGAGAAAGAGACCCUGGACAUUUUUCGUAAGGUUGAGGUAAACAUACCUUUAGUGGAAGCUAUAAGACAAGUACCGCGGUAUGCAAAGUUCUUGAAGGAGUUGUGCACUAACAAGAGGAGAUUGAGUGGAGAUGAAAAGGUCAGUGUAAGUGAGAAUGUGUCUGUUGUUUUACAGAGGAAAGUUCCUCCAAAGUGCAAGGAUCUAGGACCUUUGAAAGACACUCAAGUGAUUAUUCAGCUUGCUGACCGUUCUAAUACAUACCCUAUAGGAGUAGAGGAUGUUUUAGUGCAAGUGAAUGAACUGGUAUUUCCUGCUGACUUUUAUGUUUUAGAUAUGCCAAAUGAUGAAUCCCCUAGUGCAGCACCUAUCUUAUUAGGAAGACCUUUUUCUGAAAACAUCUAG